GUCCGCCAAACGCCACGAGGGGUCGACUUUUCUCAUCCUUGAACGCCAACCUCAGGUAUGAGUUUCGUGUCGGAUACCACCAAUUGAAUGGCCUGCAGCCAUGACAGACGGCAAAGGACUCGAAGGAUCAUUCACUGCACCUCCGCUGGCUCCCGAUGAGCUUCCGUAUGUUCGCCUACAUGUCACGCCGCUAGACCCCGAGUUGCUCAAAGUUCUCCUGUCGUCCGCCCUCCUGCCAAAGGCUCGCAAUCUGUCCUACCACACGCUCGAGACCUUCCCGGAAAAGCGGUACGGAUAUCUGGAACUGCCCAGCGAGGAGGCGCAAAAGUUGAGGAGGAAAUUGAACGGAUCGGUGCUCAAAGGUGUCAAGUUCCGCAUCGAGCCCGCGCGGCCAUCUCGCAUUCCAUCUCCGCUUGGUCAAGCAGCAAUGGCCGAGGAAAGCCCCCAAAAUGGUACCACAGACGACAAACUGCGGUUAAGUGACAAGGAAAGAAAAAGAAAGCAUGGUGCUGGGGAGCUUCGCGGCAUUACUUUAGCAAACGGGCGGAAAGUCAAGCGUGGGUGGACCAGCAUCGAUGAGCCAAAGGAAAAGAAGUCCAAGAAGGACAAGGAGAAGGUGGUGAAGGAGAAGAGGAAAAAGGGCACAAAAUCCAAGUACACCGAUCACCCCGAGUGUCUAGUCAAGACAAUCUUGCCCGCAAACGCUGCCCCAUUAGCCGAUGCAGACCACUCCACGCCAACAAAGAAGAAAAAGAAGAUCAAGUCGCGGGAGGUGAUCAUACACGAGUUUGAAAAGACCACCAAAUUCCCGACCUUCCUCAAGGCGGCGGCAUCUACCGGUCAGUCAGCCGCGCCGCUGGAAUUCAUUGACGACAAGGGUUGGGUGAACCAGAAUGGCGAUGUGGUCGAAGCGGUAAAGACCAGGCCCCCCCCAAGUGCCAAGGUCUUGCUCGCGAGCAGGCCCAAUGGUCAUUCCCAGAAUGCCGUUCCGGGUGAAGAGAGCCCGGCAAGUCUCAGCGACGGGCAAACCGAUGGGAGCAGCGAGCCGGAAAGCGCUAGUUCUGCUGGGAACAGUGAAACAGCUCCCGAGCCCUCAAAGGCAGAUGCCACUCCUCCCACGUCGCCGGUCAAAUCCAACCUCCCACGGCCCAGGUCAUCCGGUUCGGCAAGGAGUUUGUCGAUCAAGAUUCCGCCGGCAACGCCUGAUGAACCCAAGGUGCAUCCUCUGGAAGCCUUGUACAAACGGCCAAAGCAAUCCAAUGGUGAAGCUCCUGCCGAAGCCUCUGACGGAAAACCUUUCAGUUUCUUCGCUGAUAUAGGCGAUGAAGACGCCGAAGAGGAGGCCGAUGUGGAUAACCGCGAACAAUCCGAUCUUCAAGUGCCAUUAACCCCAUUUACUCGACGCGAUCUCGAGAUGCGUGGCAUCAGGAGUGCCGCGCCUACGCCAGACACAGCGCAUCCUAACAGAAAGUUUACACCGUGGGAAGGCGACAACGAUGAUGCGUCGGGAGACGAUGAGGAACCCAUCAUGUACGAGGACGGAGAGAAGUCGGAAGUUGAUGACGACCAACCUGCGUUAGAAAGCGCGAGGGGUUUGGAGAAGCAGGAUGAUGAGAAGCCGACGAGUGAUUUUCAGAAAUGGUUCUGGGAACAUCGAGGAGACUUGAACAGGUCAUGGAAGAGAAGGAGAAAGCUUGCGGGCAAGGAGAAACGGUACAGAGAGAACAAGGCUCGCAUGGCCCGAGCAAUCUAGCCCAUGUUCACCCGCCGAUACCCGUUUCUGGAAGUCGACGCUCGACAGAAGAUGUUCAGCCGUUACGCCUGAAAGGGCGUUUUCUGAGAAGAAGAGCUGCUUAGUGUCUGGCAUCACAUUUAAAACGUACUGGAAGGUUCUACACUUCCAUAUUCCUUUCUCACUCUCCACUGUCAAUCCAGUCUUGUCACCCCCUUGGCGAUGAGAUUGCUGUGAAUGAUACUUAUCUCGGGCACACGUAUCAACACUCCCAUGCUUAUAUAACGGGAAGCUGAGCAAAAGUUCUCAUACUACGUACAAAGUGGCAUAUCAGAACAAUUUCGAAACAAGAAACCCACAUCCUCAGCUCAACUGGCCCACCAAUCACACAGCUCAUUGUUCCGACCAUCUCGGGAAAGCGAUGGCGCUUGUAGCUCGGUUCUCUUCAAAUAUCCCUCUUACUGCUCCCGGAAUCAUCAACAAAAUGU